GGAAGCAAGUACGGGAGCGGGGCGCAGAGGCGACUAGCGGCCGAGAGGGGCCCGCGGAGCGCUCGGCGCCGCGCAGAUUAUGAAAUUACUGUUGCAUAUUAUCUCAAGGCCUGGAGCAGAACUAAGUCUUCACAAGAGUUUGUUGCCCAUCACCUAUGAAGCUCCUGAUUUUGAAGUUGCACUUCUGCAAUGAAGAAAAGGAGACGGCUCGCUGCAAAUUUAAAUGAAAAGGUUCACCUUGGCCAUGAGAAAGACACAUCAGAGCAGAUUCUUGUAGUAGACUGUGCACAGAAAAUUGUCUCAAAGGCUGCAGAAAUAGCCCCUGCAGAUCAGGUUGAAUCCUCCAAAGAACUUUCGUCAUCACCAGAGCAAAGAAAGCUCCUAAGCUCAUUGCAGUAUAACAAAAAUCUACUGAAAUACUUAAAUGAUGAUAGACAGAAACAUCCAUCGUUUUGUGAUUUACUCAUUAUUGUAGAAGGGAAAGAAUUUAGUGCUCACAAAGUUGUAGUGGCUGUUGGGAGUAGUUAUUUUCAUGCCUGUUUGAGUAAAAAUCCAAGCACUGAUGUUGUCACGUUAGAUCAUGUAACUCAUUCUGUCUUCCAGCAUUUGCUUGAGUUUCUCUACACCUCAGAGUUUUUUGUGUAUAAAAAUGAAAUCCCGUUAGUGCUGGAAGCAGCAAAAUUUUUAGAUAUCAUAGAUGCAGUGAAGUUGCUAAAUAACGAAAGCGUUUCUAACAUACAGACUGAUGUGGUAACUGAUGUGCCUACACCAGUAGAAACACUUAAUGAACUGACAGGUAAACUGUUAAACAGUCAUCAGUGCACAUUUUGUGGUCGAAGUUUCUGCUACAAGAAGUCCUUAGAAAAUCAUUUGGCUAAAGCUCACAGAUCCUUUUCACUGGAGAGAAAGCAUGGGUUAAAAAUGGUUGAGAAGGCCAGCCUUUCCACUAGGUGUUCCACGAGAAACCGCAAAUACACAGCUAAACCUGAUAACAGUGACGAAAGCGAUGAUGCCUCUGACAGCAAUUUGGAAAAAGUCAGUUCUGACAAGGAAACGUCUGAUAGAAGUGAAUUUGAAGACAGUGAAAGUGAAUGCAAUGCUGAUGAAGAGGGACAGGAAGAGGAAAUGUCAGGUGAAGAUUCAGACUCUGAAGAACAAAGUGAGAAAGAACAGAAUGAUACUGAAGAGGGUUCUGAGGCAGUUGAUUCAAUGAGAAAUAUUCCUGAAGGCUUAGCUCCAGUCAUCAUUCAAAGCAGUAGCAAAAAACUACUACAGUGUCCCAAGUGUGACAAAAAAUUUGAUCGAAUAGGCAAAUAUGAGAGCCAUACACGUGUACAUACGGGUGAGAAGCCUUUUGAGUGUGAUAUAUGCCACCAGCGCUAUUCAACGAAGUCGAACCUGACAGUGCACAGAAAGAAGCACUCCAGUGAUACUGACUUUCAUAAAAAGGAACACAAAUGUCCCUACUGUAAUAAGCUGCAUGCAAGCAAAAAGACUUUAGCAAAGCAUGUGAAGAGGUUUCAUCCAGAGAAUGUAGAAGAAUUUCUGUCUAUCAAAAAGACAAAGAGUGAAGGUUGGAAAUGUGAUAUUUGUAAGAAGUCUUUCACUCGAAGACCUCAUUUAGAAGAGCAUAUGAUCCUUCAUUCUCAGGAUAAACCUUUUAAGUGUACCUACUGCGAAGAGCAUUUUAAAUCCCGAUUUGCAAGACUGAAACAUCAAGAAAAAUUCCAUCUCGGGCCUUUUCCUUGUGAUAUUUGUGGCCGCCAGUUUAAUGAUACAGGAAAUUUGAAACGCCAUGUAGAGUGUACUCAUGGAGGAAAAAGAAAAUGGACAUGUUUCAUCUGUGGAAAAUCUGUUAGGGAGCGAACAACUUUGAAAGAACAUCUGAGAAUUCACAGUGGAGAGAAGCCUCAUCUUUGCAGUAUUUGCGGACAGAGUUUUCGUCAUGGAAGCUCUUACAGACUUCAUCUAAGAGUCCACCAUGAUGACAAGAGAUACGAAUGUGAAGAAUGUGGGAAAACAUUUAUUCGGCAUGAUCACCUGACAAAACACAAAAAAAUACACUCAGGUGAGAAAGCACAUCAGUGUGAAGAAUGUGGAAAAUGUUUUGGCCGUAGAGAUCACCUUACUGUUCAUUAUAAAAGUGUUCAUCUGGGAGAAAAAGUUUGGCAAAAAUACAAAGCAACAUUUCACCAGUGUGAAGUCUGUAAGAAAGUUUUUAAAGGGAAAUCAAGUUUGGAAAUGCAUUUUAGGACACAUUCAGGGGAGAAACCCUACAAAUGUCAAAUCUGUAAUCAGUCUUUUAGAAUUAAGAAGACAUUAACAAAACACAUGGUUAUUCAUUCAGAUGCUAGACCUUUUAAUUGCCAGCACUGCCAUGCAACAUUUAAACGAAAAGACAAGCUGAAGUAUCAUAUUGAUCAUGUUCAUGGAUCAAAGGCUGCAGAAGAGGCAUUGACAUCUUCAGAGGAAAAGCUAGUCUCGUUACCAGUGCAGUACACCUCUGAUGACAAAGUUUACCAAACUGAGGCUAAACAAUAUGUGGAACAGUCCAAAGCAUAUCAGUCAGAAGCCAAAACUUUGCUACAGAAUGUAUCUACAGAAGUAUGUGUACCUGUGACUCUGGUACCAGUUCAGAUGUCUGAUCCGCAAGCUGAUCUAGUACAGCAUACUACUCAGUCACAUGACAUUCUUCCUCCACAACCUGAGCAGACAGAUUAUCAGCGAGCAACAGAUCUGUCAUUUCUAGAGAAAUACACUCUUACUCCACAGCCUGCAAAUAUUGUUCAUCCUGUAAGGCCUGAGCAAAUGUUGGAUCCUAGAGACCAGUCAUAUCUUGGAACUUUACUGGGCCUAGAUACAGCUCCUACUGUACAGAAUAUUUCAAACAAUGAACAUUCAUGAUCAGACCAUAACAUUCCACCCAAUUUACUAAGCCAUUAGCCAGCAGAAGGCUGAUAUGGCAAUUAAGAUUUAUAUUUUAUAUUUUAUUUGGACUCAUGAGUCUUCUGCAUAGUUUUGGAAAACCAGGUUUGUUUACAUGAUAUUUGAACAUUAAGGCACAUUUUGAUGCAUACCGAAAGAGUGGUUUUUUGUGAUUUUAAGAGUUUUUAAAAAUCUUAUAGAUGGUCUUCUAAAAACUGUGUUCUGAAAUAUCUUUAAGCAUAGUGGCUGAAAAAUGUAAUCACAUAUGUGGCUAUUUAAAAAAAUGUUUGCCUUUCUGCAUCUCAUUUUGAGUUAAUGUUUCAAGUGUAAUCAAAAGUAUUCUGAAAGGAUAAGGACUAUAUCAGUUUCCUUAGAAGUUGUAAGGGCAGGCAGGGAUAUAAACCACAAACUUUGUAUUAUGUUUCGCACAGAAAUUAAAAUACAAUUUGACUUGAACCCUCAGGCAUUUUUGGAGGAUUUUAAAAUCUGCUGGAUUCUGGAACCCAGCCAAUGGAUACAGAAACUAGCUUCUUCUGAAAAGUGAUUCAGAUAUUUUAUGCAGACACUAAACGGGGUGUUUGGUGAUCCCCCUACGUAUAAUUAGACUGCCUAAAUUUAGCCUCUUAAGUCUUCCUCCAGCUCUGUAUGUUGAAUAAUUUGGGAAUAUCUAGACAAUUAUAUUGUCUAAUUUUCUACAGUUAGACCUAUACAAUUUUAAUACACAUUUUUUCAUGCUUUAUAACCUAGCUUGUCUUCCAAAGUGUGCCCCACACUCUAACUUUGAAAUGGGGUAUUUGCAAGGUCAUUUUAAUCUAGGAACAGUCAUAAAGGAUUGGCAUGGUUUAUUCUUCUGAGAAUGUAAGUUACACCAGGGUCCCAUAUUAGCAUGCUUAUUUUCAGGUUAUUUGUGAUGGAGAAGAAAUUUUGAAGACUGUUAUUUCCAGAACAGUUCUCAACUUCUAUUGAAAAAAAGAAGGAAAUAAUCAGUACUUACAAAUCUCUUGUGACUUAUUAACAAAAUUGUUUUGUUUCUCACUUUCUUGUACAGUGUUUAUAAAACAAAGUCAAGCUCUUGAUAGUAUUUUAUGUCUUUAAUUAUUUUUAGCUUUUUCUUUACUAAGCAUAAAGGUUUUGUUUUGGUUUUGUUUUGCUUUGGGUUUGUU